AUGGAUCAAAAAUAAAAGAUGUAACAUCUAAUGAACAAUUUUAUAAAGAAAGAAUCAACAAAACAAAGUUAAGUGACAGUUAAGUUGUAUGUGAAUAAUGAAUUUUCCUAAUAAAUUUAAUAUCCAACUUGCAAUUAGACUGUCAACUAAUUAGUUAAUUACUUAAGGAAUUUACUAAAUCAGACUUAGAUUGUUGGAUUUCAGAGUUUAGAAAGUAAUAUACAUUUAGAUUACUAUUUAACAACUAAUAAAGACUUAGGAAUAUUGAGCAAUUAAACUCUCUCUUUAAAACCAUUAUAUGGUAUAUAUUAGAAUACAAUCACAUUGGAUUCAUUUUAUUUUUUAUAAUGUAUUGGUAUAGGUGGGUUUAGCAGAGUCUAUUUAGUAAGAUAUAAGUUUAACGGCUAAUUUAUGGCAUUGAAGAUGAUUUCAAAAUAAUUUAUCGAGUAAAAUGAUAAAUUUUAGAUUGUUUAAAAUGAAAGAGAUAUAAUGGUACAUCUAGCAAAUAAUAAUAAUUCACAUCCAAAUCUUUGUAAAUUAUUAUGUGCUUUUGAAACUAAAAAUUGGGUAUGUUUUGCAAUGGAAUAUUGUGCUGGUGGUGAAUUAUUCUAAUAAUUAAAGAGAGUUAAGAAAAUGGAUGAAUAAUAAGCAAAAUUUUAUUUUAGUUAAGUUUGUAUAGCAAUACAUCAUUUACAUGAAAAUAAGGUUAUUUAUAGAGAUAUUAAACCUGAAAAUAUUCUAAUUGAUUAAGAAGGUCAUAUUAAAUUGGCUGAUUUUGGAUUAGCAAAACCUAAUGUAGAAGAUGAUAAAAUGGCAUAUUCUUUUUGUGGAUCUCCAGAAUAUAUGGCACCAGAGAUGCUUUUAAAAUUAGGACAUAAUUAUUAGAUUGAUCAUUAUUGUUUAGGAGCACUUCUUUAUGAAUUAUUGACAGGAUUACCACCUUAUUAUUCAAAUAAUCCAGAAUAAAUAUAUUAAAACAUUUUAUAAAAUGAAUUACCAUUGCCAAAUAAGAAUUUAAGUACAGAAGCCAAAGAUUUAAUAUUUAAAUUGUUAUAAAAAGAUAUUUAAAAUAGAUUAGGAAGAAAUUAUGGUAUCUAUGAAAUAUUAAAACAUCCAUGGUUAUAAGAAUUUAGUUUAUAUAAAUUGAUUAAUAGAUCAUAUGAUCCCCCAUUUAAACCAGAUCUAUUCAAAAUAAACUUUGAUUAAAAAGAAAUAAUUAGUGGAGAAAAUUAAUUUUAAAAAGAAUUACAAAAAUCAAUAAAUUCAGAAACAGAAAAUGUAUUUACACCAUUUUUUCAUAAUUUUUAUUAUUCAUCCUUUUAAUCUAAAUAACCUUAGAGAUCCUCUUCUAUUACUUAAAUAAAUAUCUCAAAUGUUGAUGAAAAAUUUACUAAUAUUCUUUUAAGUACAACAAAAUCUAAAAAUGUUUCAUAAACUCAUUCAUCAUCUAGUCAAUCUUAGUUAAAGAAAAAAAAACCAAUAUAAAAUGAUGUUGAAAAUAAAGAAAAUUUAAUGAAGAAUAAUAAUUAGAUGAUUAUGAAAGUUGGUGUUAAGCAUAAGAAAAAUAAUUAAAGUAUGCCUGAUAAUGUUUUGAAUGUUCAAUAAAAUGAAUUGAGAUCAUAUUCAUCUUAAAAAGUAAAUGAACAAUUACAAAAACUUACUAAUAAUUAUCAAACUAAUUAAUUGAAAUCACCAUCAACUGAAAAUGAUGAAUAAAAAUAAUAAAAAUUAUUAUUUGGUGAAAAUAAAAUAAUAAGUAAAAAUUAAUCUAAUUAAUGUUCUCUUAUUAGAUAUUUUAAAUAAUGA